AUGUCUACGGAAAUGGAAGUCGACCCUCCGCUCUCUCCAGAAGCUGAACAGGCUACUGGUACAGGGCCUGAGCCACGCACCCGCGCUUCAGCUGCGGCAGUGCGCAGUAUUGAAGGAUGGAUCAUCAUGGCAACAAAUAUACAUGAAGAAGCAUCAGAGGAAGAUGUCACAGAUCUAUUUGCCGAGUAUGGUGAAAUAAAGAACUUCAAUUUGAACCUCGAUCGAAGGACCGGUUACGUUAAGGGCUACGCAUUAAUUGAAUAUCCCACUCUGCCAGAAGCGGAGGCAGCUAUAAAAGCCCUACAUGGCGCCAAAUUGCUUGAUCAGACUAUCGAAGUCGACUUCGCUUUCGUGAGGCCCCCGCCUUCAAACAAGGGAAAAUCUAGCGGAGCUGGCCAGAACUCCAACCGAGGACGCGGAAACAGGGCGCGAAGCCGAAGCCGUGAACGAAGUCGCAGUCCUGAGGGAAACAAUGAUCGAUCUUAG